AUGACGGCUACGAAUUUCGAUGAUGUUUUCGAGGCAAACUAUGCCGUUGACAUGCACUGCGAGUCAUGUACCAAGGAUAUCAAGACUUGUUUAAGCUCAAUACCGGGCCUCGAACUUAAUUUCUACGUUCCAGAGAAAAUUCUUAACGUAAAGGGCACAGCGGCACCUUCCACAAUUAUUUCGACACUACAAAAAUGCGGUAGAGACGCUAUUAUUCGUGGAACCGGUCAACCAAACAGCGCAGCGGUGUCUAUUUUGGAGACUUUUGGGCCCGUCAGUAGCAACGAUACUCCAGUCCGUGGAUUGGCCCGCAUUGUUAGCGCGAACGAGCAUAAAACGUGGUUUGAUAUCACCUUAAAUGGCGUUCCGCAUGCAGGCAAGUACUAUGCGUCAAUUCGUGCGUCUGGUGACAUUUCAAAGGGCGCGCAAUCGACAGGAGAAGCCAUACAAAAAUUUGACGAACCAAUCGACUGUGACACACCGAGCGAUCUUGGAAAGGGUUUGUACAGCGGACAAGCAUUUUUGAGCGCUUCGAUCCCCGUGUGGCAGCUCAUUGGACGCGGAUUUCUGGUGACGACAAACGCAGAUCACAAACCCGGUUCAAACUACGACAUAUGCGGUGUAAUUGCAAGAAGCGCUGGGAUUUGGGAAAACGAUAAGCAAGUGUGCGCCUGCAGCGGGAAAUCUGUCUGGGAAGAACGCAAAGAUGCGUUGAACCGCAAUAUCAAAUGA